AUGCGCCUCGCUCUCACUACCGUGGCGCUCACCGCGACGGCGCUUGCCGACCCCCUUGGCCGUGUCGGCUUCCGCAAUCACGCCGAGUUUAAGGCGCGCCGCGCAGCAACCAUGGCUGAGUUGCACAAGCGACAGAACAACACCACUCCCGCGCGCUACAGAAACGACAAAACGCAGCCAUACUACGUCGCGUCCAUGCCUGAAGUCAACUUUGACUUUGGCGAGAUGUACGCCGGCAUGAUCCCGCUUGACCGCGCAAACCCCAUCGCUGCAGCGAGCCCCACGCCCAGUGGCGAAGACGACGCCCUCUUCUUCAUCUUCAAGCCGAAAGACGGCGAGCCCGUUGACGAACUCACGAUCUGGCUAAAUGGCGGGCCGGGCUGCUCAUCCAUGGAAGGCUUUCUUCAAGAGGUCGGGCCGAUCAACUGGCUGGCUGGCACAUUCGCACCCGUUCCCAACCCGUACGCGUGGUCCAACCUAACCAACAUGCUCUUCGUCGACCAGCCGGUCGGGACGGGCUACUCGACGGGCACGCCCACAGCCACAAGCCAGGAGGGCAUCGCCGCCGACUUCCUCAACUUUCUCCGUCGGUUCCAGGACAUCUUCGGCAUCGCCAACUAUAAAAUCUACGUCACGGGCGAGAGCUAUGCGGGCCGCUACGUCCCGUACAUUGCGAAUGCGAUGCUGGAUGCAAACGACACGACUCACUUUGACAUGUCCGGCAUCCUCAUUUAUGACCCCGUUAUUGGCAGCUACGACUACAUGAACGAGCUAGCGGCGUACCCUUACAUCGAAGCGUACAACAACGUAUUCAACUUCAACGCAUCAUUCCUCGCCGAACUGAAGCAGGCACACCAGGACUGUGGUUUCGAGGCCCGCAACAAACAGUACCUCACGUUCCCUCCCGCACGCAACCAGCCGCAGCUCACAUGGGACAUUUCGAACCCCGCCAACCGGAGGUGCGAUGUCUUCCUCGCAGCCAUGGUCGCCGAGCUCAGCAUUAAUCCCUGCUUCAACCCUUACGACAUUGUUGAGCCUUGCCCGAUCCUCUGGGACGUCCUUGGCUUUCCUGGUCUAACGAAGUGGACGCCGCCUGGCGCGGAGGUAUAUUUCGAUCGAGCGGACGUCAAGGCCGCGCUGCACGCCCCCGCCAUCAACUGGACGCAGUGCGCGGUAGGCGAUGUGUUCGUCGCCGGGGCCGGUAAAGCCGGUCCGCACCAGAAUGGGGAUACCAGCGCGGAUCCGAUUCAGGCUGUACUUCCGCGGGUCAUUGACGCGACGCAGCGUGUCCUCAUCUCCAAUGGCGACUUCGACUACAUCGUCAUGACGAAUGCUACGCUCCUUUCCAUUCAGAACAUGACGUGGGGCGGGCAACUCGGAUUCCAGGCCCCGCCGGCGGCGCCGUUCAACGUCGAGAUCGUCGACGAGGCGUGGGAGGACGCGUAUGCGGCAUCAGGCUUGUUGGGCAUUGCGGCAACGCCAGGCCAGAUGGGCGUGCAGCAUUAUGAGCGCGGCCUCAUGUGGGUGCAGGUGUGGGGAGCCGGCCACAUGCUCCCCAUGUACUCGCCGCGCGCGGCGUACUUGCACCUGCAGUGGGUCCUUGGCCGCAUCGACAAGUUUUGAAGGAGUCCCAGAUUGCAGCAGAGGACUAGUGAGAACGCGGUUUGUCAGGCAGACAGUCCUUUUAUCCGCUU